AUAGAGAAAGGGAGAAGAGGGAUACAGAUAGAAAGUGAGAGGUGGAGAAAUCACGUCUUGGUCAAUCUUGGUCAAUCGUAGUACAAGAGAUAUUACAUAUUGGUGGAUAUUAAAUGUGACUGAGAUGCGGAUAUAUGUUAAAAAAAAAAAAAAGUUAAAGAACUCUCUAGCUAAAAACUUGAAAUUGAAUCCAAAGAAAGUUGAAUGAUGAAUGUGGUGGACAUUGAUAAGAUGCUGGAGACGGCAGAGGCACCUGUAAUUGGGGAGUGUUGCAUCUACAGAGUGCCAUUUCCUAUUCGCAGACACAAUCAAGAUGCGUACACUCCAAAUGUUGUUUCUAUAGGCCCCUUUCACCACAAUUCCGAUUCUCGCCUCUUUAACAUGGAAAGACACAAACUCAAUUAUUGCAAAGCCUUUCUUCAACGAACUCAAACAGCUUCUGAUACUUGGAAACGCUAUAUAGAAGAGGUGGAGCCCCAAUUUCGUCGCUUUUAUUCAGACACCCUUAAUAUUAGUACAGAGGAACUGGUGAAGAUCAUCUUUGUGGAUUCCGGUUUUAUACUUGAGCUCUUUUGCAGAUACCAUGAAGGAUGGUCAAACGACGACGUGUGUCUUUCAACAAAUUGGUUGAGGUGUUAUAUAAGAAUAGAUUUGUUGUUACUUGAAAACCAACUUCCUUUCUCUCUUCUUCAGACUCUCUACAGUAUGUCCUUCACCUCUACAUCUACCCGUUCCCUUAUUGAGCCCUUCACCUCUACAUCUACCCGUUCCCUUAUUGAGCGUACAUUUCACUAUUUUUCCAAUUACAAUAAAUCCAAAGUGAGCAUUAAUGAUAAUAUUAGCAUUAGGCACUUCACGGAUCUCAUAAGAAUUUUUCACUUGCAACAUCCUAAGGAAAGACGACCGCUUAGGAGUGGUAAUCAAUUAUUGACACACCUUCCUAGUACUACUCAGUUGUUAGAAGCAGGAGUGAGGUUUAAGGUUAAAACCGAAAGUGAUUGCUUAUUAAACUUGACAUUUUCAAGAGGGAUUCUUAGAAUUCCACAAUUGAUAGUGGAAGAUGACACUAAAAUUUUGUUUCAUAAUAUGGUGGCUUUGGAGCAGUGUCAUUAUCCUCAUGAAUCCUAUAUUACUGACUAUGUUGAUAUUAUGGACUUCCUUAUAAACACUAAGGAAGAUGUAGAUAAACUGGUUCAAAAGAAAGUACUAAUUAACUGUCUAGAGGAUGUUGAUUCUGUCGCUAACAUGUUUAAUGGUCUUUGCAAAGAUGUUACGAUAAUAGAUAGAAAUUGUAAUUACAAUCAAAUCUUUGAAAAGUUGAAUGGUUUUUAUGGAAAUCGUUAUAAUAUUUGGAAGGCGACUUUGAGGCGUGAAUAUUGCAAAACUCCGUGGAAAAUUGCGAUUUCAGUGGCUGGAAUAAUUCUUCUAUUUCUCGCUGUGGUUCAAACAGUUUGUGCUGUCUUGGAAGUAACACAGCAGUAAAAUGUCUCCUCCACCAAAAAGACCUGGUUCACAAUUGGGAUGAGAAAAACAUGCAUGAAGAUUACUUGGAUAAUUUAAUUUAUGUUAGACUGAUUUGAAGAACUACUUUAAUUUUAUAUUUUGAACAAUUUAAUUUGUAUCGGUCAUUUGCUUUAUUUAGGAAAUUUCGUUUAUCUAUGAGAAUUCAGUUUAAGUUGUUGAGCUAUAUUUAUGUUUAAUAAUUUGGUUUUUAUCAAACACUUGGAGU